CGUGACUGAGCAACCGGUUACAAGGAAACGUCCUCACAAAUAUCUCUGUUUUAAUCGUCAUAACGCUAAACGCAUUUCAGCGGCGUCUCAUCUCAUGUUCUGUUAAAGAUGGGUGAUCGGUGAACUGUUGUGACAGUUAACUGGGCGGGAGUGGAGGAUGUUGGAGGCGGAGAAGCGGCUGCCCGGAGCCUCCAUGGAGGUGAUGGUGGUCCCGGAGAACCAGCGCUGCGGCGCCGUGGGAGACAUCCAGAAGGCCGAGCUGAGCCCGGGGGGCUCCCUGCUGGCCUGUCUGCGGCUGGGGGGCCGGCUGGAGGCCUGGGCCCCCGCAGACAGAGACAACCCUGCAGCAGCAGCACAGGGAACAUUUGUGGAUUUCUGCUGGGAGGAAGUGGGCCCCCACCCUCCAGCCGUGGGCAGGUUUGGUCUCCUGGCCGUCAGAGCUGAGGGGAACCUGCAGCUGCUGGAGGCGGCUGCAGGUUCUCUGGGCUUCUCUCUGCUCUGUGUGUCCGAGACUCCUGCAGACCAGCUGAUCCACGCGGUCCAAGACCGGGACCAGAGUGUGUCUGAGCUGCGCUCGGUGCAGGUCUUGUCGUUUGUGGCGGGUUGCUGCGUGGUCCUGCUGAACGGAGAGUGGGUGCUGCAGCUGCGCUGGCUGCAGAACGACCACCAACCACGGACCACCUCCGUCUGCAGGCUCCAGCUGAGCGGGGACAAGCCUGCUGUUCACCACUGUGUUUCUGCAGAAACCCUCUUUGUCAUGAGGGACACUGGACUCAUCUCUGUGCACCAUCUCUCCGACGGCUCUCUGCUGGCCACCAUCGACCUGCCUGCGUACCUGAACUCCUCAGAGGACGACCUGACUCCCUGCCCCGUGUCUACCUCUCUGCCCUUCUGCACAGUCCAGGUGUCUGCUGAUCUGAGCACAGCCGUGGCUGUAACCCAGUGCCACAUGGCUGUGGCCGUGGACCUGAAUCACUACUUCAGCGUGUAUCCUGAGCACCUGUGCGGGGCCGCCCCCCCGCCUCACCCCUCUCUGCGGGGCGUGGACGCAGCAGACCAGGACAGCCUGUCCAGCUCCGUCUGCAGCCUCACCGCUGUGGAAUCAGGCUUCAGGGAGGACUGUUCGUGGGAAGCUCGUUUGGCCUCCAUCUACAGCAGAGUGCAACAGACUUCUCCGUCAUCCUCUCCCACCACUCCCAGCAGCUUCUGGGGCUCGUCGCUCCCUCACCUCCAGUCCCACGUGGCUCCGGCGUCGGCCCACACCAGACGGCCCCCUGGCGGAGCCUUCGUAGUGUUCUCCGUCCCUGAAUCGUCUGCUGCGUCCCUGCUCACGGUCUCUGAGUUCUCUGCCCUCGUGACCUUCGUCACCCCUGGAAACAGGCAGACCACAGUGGCCUUAUGGGAAAUGGAGUCCGGGAGCGUGAGCUAUCACCAGGCGGAGGGAGAGGCCGCCGCGCUUCUCAUGUGUGGAGAGAGACACCACCGACUGCUGCUGAAGAAGGCUGGAAUCGUGCAGGUCUUGUUCUCCGUGUCCCAGCAGGAUCUGCUCAGCAGGCUGAUGUUGUUUGGCAGCGCAGCCACCGUGGAUGCCGUCUGUCACCUGAACGGCUGGGGCCACUGCUCCAUCCCCAUCCACUCCCUGCAGGCAGGGCUGAAGAACCGUCAGCUCGACACAGUCGACUUCUACUUGAAGAGCAAAGAAAACGUCCUGAUCCCGUCACUGACGUUCAGCGGUGCCGAUCAGCCGUCAGACUCCACGCUGGCCGACGGAGUGGAGGACUUGUGUCCUGCGCUGGACUUGUUGUGUUCGGCCGUGCGAGAGUCCAGCUGUGACGCUCAGAGCCGGCAGUUCUCCGAGCAGCUGCUCAACAUCACCGUGUCCUUCCUCAACACUCAGCUCCGCUCGCUGCUGUCCAGCCCACACGACGAGCACCCGGACGUGCACACCUGCGUUAGUGUUUUGGAGCGGUACGUCACAGACCUGAGGAGCUACAUGAAGAACUUCCCCUGGUGCCCCGCCGGCCACUCCUCUCCCGCUGGAGCCGGGAAAGUUCAGGACGACGACUGGCAGCAACUCUCACCACAGGAAGUGGUGAAGCGGUCCAUCCUGACCAGUCAGAUCCCCAGAGCUCAGGCCAUGCUGCGGAAGAGGAGUCUGCCCGGGCACCGCCUGGCAGACCUGAGGACGGAGGGGCUGCGUCUCGUCUUCUCCUGCCUGCAGGGCAGAGACCUGCAGACUGCCAGCACGCUCCUCAGCAACAUGGGUCUGAAUGUGAAGAAGCAGCUUCACAGCAUAUGCCUCUACACCAAUGACAAGGAACUCAGGGAACUAAUGGUGGAGGAACUGUCGGAUCGGAGCUCCUUCUCAGAGGAGGAGAUGCAGAGUGUUGUGUUCAUCAGGGAGAUGGAAGAGCUCGGGUUAUUGCCAGCCUUCCGCGGCCCAACUCCCACCUCUCCACUAAGGUUUGUUCUGAUGGUUCCGAAGGAGGUGGAGGGCGAGGGGCUUCUCAAGGAGAUCCUGGACCAGAGCAGGCCCGCGGACGGGGGGGGACUGUGGAGGAACGUCUGCCUGGACUGGGUCAGGAACUGGGACGGGAGCAGCCGGACAGCCGUUCUCCUGUCCAGACACCAGCCACUGGCAGAAGUGAGCGGCGUGGAUCCUGCGGUGCUGUGGCGUUACCUCACAGCCCUCCAUCACCUUCCCUGGGUGGUGGACUGGAUUGGGAAUAAGGAAAGCUGCUCACGCUGGCCGGAGAUGACCCCGGAACUGGUCAACGACAACACGGUGUGCAGCUCCCCCAUGAAGGAGAACAUCCUGGACCUGCUGGCCAGGACCGGUGUGUUCGUCCCGGAGGAGCGUUCCGACCUGGAGCAGCUGUUCUGGAGACUGGCCCAGGGCGGGGGCCUGCUGGCCCCCUCCCCUCCCGUCCCUCAGUACCGCUCCCUGCUGGGCCUGGACCUGCACAGCGCCGUCAUCCUGUUCUGUCUGGAGCACGACCUGCAGUACCUGCUCUACUCUUACCUGGGCCAUUACAGACUCACUCCCAGAAACUGCCGUCUCCUGACUCAUCCCAACCCGUCUGCAAGCCGGCCCUGGUUUGAGAUGCUGGUGAAGAUCCAGGAGAUAACCAGAGACCUGUCAGAUCCAGGUCUGGUGUUUCAGGCCUCUUUAACCAUGGCUCAGGUGCUGUUGCCGGGCAACCAGGCGUCUCUGAACAGCCUGCUGUUAGAGGGCCACAGUCUGCUGGCCCUGGCCGCCCUCAUGUUUGCUCCCGGAGGGAUCGAUCAGGUGAUGGUGAAGGGAGGGAGGUCGGAGGGGACAGUCGACCCUCAGCUCCUGAAGAUGGCGCUGGCUCCUCACCCCAAACUGAAGGCUGCCCUGUUCCCGGCAGGUCCUUGUGGACCUGGUCCAUCUUCUGACAUCUCCAUCUAUCACCUCCUUCAGUCUCUCCAUCCAUUGGACCCAUCCAGGCUUUUUGGCUGGCAGACGGCGAACACCGUAAACUCCACGGAAACAUCAGAGCUGCUCCAUUUCUGCAGCCCUCAUCUGGUCAGUAAGUUCGCUCUGGUGGAGAACCUGGACUUCCUUUACUACAUCCGUCAUGGCAGACCGUCUUUUGCAUUUGGCAACUUCCUGCUCCAGCAGCUCGGCAGCUGCAGCGAUGUGAAGCUGAUACUGCAGCGGGCUUGGCAGCAGCUCUACCGGCUCGUGCUGCAGUGCUUUAAUGAGCCGUCGGUGAUGUCGGCAGCCGUUUGUUUCUGUGAGCUGCUGGGACUCAGCAGCCUGAAGCUGAGAGUCCACGUCAGAGCCAUGAACUCCAUCCUGCAGCACUGGAACCAGGACAAUACGCACGGUCCAGCACAGAACCUGCGUUCACUGGUGUGUAAAGGGCUGAAGCUGGUGGAGGCGGAGCCGGGAGCAGCAGAAGAGCUCAUUGGUUACCUGGAAGCUGCAGUGACGGACAGUCUGGAGCAGAGGGGCGUCAGCAGGUGGUCUUAUGAAGCGGCUCAGGAGUGGGCCUUACCUGUUCAGUUCUGUCAGCUCCACAGUCUGAAGCUCAGCUCCGUCUAUCCGCUCCACUGUGCACAAGACGGACAGCUCAUCCACUUUUUAUUGUUUGUCCAACUGCAUAACUUCCCACCUCAGCAGGUGAGGUCCCUGGUGUCUGAGUUUGGCCCCACCCUGCAGGCCCACCUGACCCUGGCCCUCCAGGACCUGCAGGUGUACAGCCAGAGGAGUGGUCACGAGGGCCAGGACCAGCGGGGUGGUUCCCCCGGGGGCCUGGAGCCCCCCAGGGAGCUGUUCCUGGUCCUCCUGCAGAGCCAGCAGGAGCCGGUCCCCUGCAGGUACCUGCUCCACCAGGCCCUGGUUCAGCGCUGCCCGGUCCUGGCUAUCCUGGCCGCCUGUUUACAGGGCUCGGAGCCGCUGUGCUGCCUGUGCGUGUGGGUGUUGACGGCCGUGGAUGAAGCCACGGCCACAGAGGCCACGGCCCACCUGGCUGAAGCCCCCCAGCACCACCACUGGACCCUGCACGACCUGGCCCUCAUCUGGAGGACGCUGCUGGGCCGGGGCCACGUCAGACCCCUCCUGCAAGGCUUUCAGCUCUUCCACAGGGAUUCUCCUCUGCUACUCGUCUUGACCAUGUUUGAGUUGUGUUGCGACUACAGGAAGUUCUCAGAGGCUAAGUCAAAACUGCUGGACUUUCAGAAGAUGCUCAUCACUCUGAGGAACGGAGGCCCGGCGCCGUCGGGGGGUCCCCCGCUGCAGUGGGUGGAGAGCCAGGCGUCGGUGCUGCUCCUCACCAUGCUGCAGCGCUGCUCCUCCCAGUACGACCUCCACCGGCUGCUCCUUCUGUUGGCCGACGUCGACAAACUCCUCAAAUCCAACGGUCCAGACUUCAGGAAGCUGAGUCAGCUCAGUCAGCUGCUGCAGGGAUCGGGGGUCCGUCUGCCUCCCAGGCUUCUGCAGUGCACUUCCACCUCCAUCCAGCAGGAGGAGCUACAGCUGACAGUGGACGCUCUGCAGGCUAGAGGGCGCUACGCUCAGGCCAGGCAGGUGGCCCUGCUGGCCGGGCUGCCGGUCCACCGCCUUCUCCUCAGCCAGCUCUCUCAAGAGGUCUCCUCCCAGAAGGCCAAGCGGCAGUGGAGGAACCUGGAGAAGCGUGUGUCCUUCUGGAAGAGGUGCCACCGGCAGCUGGAGGAGGACGGCACCGAUCCACAGUCGGCUGCCGGAUUCUUCCUGUCCCACGCCGAGCCCAGAACCAACGACCAGGCUCAGACGGAGGUGCUGGACGUCCAGGAGCGCAUCCUGCUGCUUCUGCUCGGAGCUUGCUGGCUCUCCCUGCUCAGCCCGGCUCCCUUGGACCAGAUUGAAAACCUGGAGAAAGAACUCUGGCUCUGCCAGGUCCGUCAGCAGCUCCUCACCACUGCCAUUGAGAAAGAGAGUGUGUUUAACCUGCCGCCGCCGGCCCACUCGCCUGACGGGAACUCGUACGUGGAGUUCCUGAAGGAGUUCUCCUUCUCUAACAUAGCAGAGCUGAACAAGGAAGCGUGUCUCCGUCUGGACGGGAUCCCCGGUCCCUCGGAGGAGCUGGACGUGGACGCUGAGCUGAACCCCGAGGAGAAGAGGGUUCUGUUUUCACUCGUAGGUCACUUACUAGAUGACGGCAGCAUCUACGAAGCCAGUCGGGUGUGUCGGUACUUUUCCCUGCGACACCCGGAGAUGUGGAUGGUGCUGCGCUGCCACGGCCUGGCCAGCGGAACGCUGAGCCCGGAGCAACCGGAGCAGCCGGACGCAGACACGGACGCUCCUGCAGGGAGGAGCAUCAUCAGCUCGACAUCUUUCAGCAGCUUGUCCUCAUUUGUCAUGCUGCCCCUCCCUGAAGACGCAAUCUCUGUCCAGCUACAGAAAAUAGUGGACCAGUGUCAUCAUGGUAAUAACUACUGCAAACAGAUCCUCAGCCUCUACCAGCUCUCCAAGGAGCUGCAGUGUUCCUUCCUCCAGGUCUGCGGGGAGGAGCAUCACCUGGUGCUGCAGAAGCUGCUGCUGUCGGACCAGCCGGAGCGCUUCAGGAAGGCCCGGGCCUUCAUCAGAGCCCAGGCUCUGUCUCCAGACUCCGUGGCCGAGCUGGUGUCCUCCGCCGUGGUCCAGGGUCUGCUGGCGUCCAGCCCGGACCUCCAGCCCGCCGAGAAGCAGCUGUUCCGGCCGUCUGAGGGCCGGGACUCGCUGCUGCAGCUCGUCAGACUGUGUGAUGACCCGAGUCUGGUCGGUCUGAAGCUGAUGGAGAACCUCAACUCUGUUCCUCUGAGAGACCUCAGCUGCAUUGUGGAGCUUCUCAUCGUGGCUCACGACUGUUUCAGUCUGACCUGUAACAUGGAGGGGAUUGUACGGGUUCUUCAAGCGGCUCGUCACCUCAGCCACGCCUACCUGGCUCCAGGAGAGCACCACAGCCUGCUGGUGCGUCUGCUUACAGGUAUCGGCAGAUACAAUGAGAUGACGUACAUCUUUGACCUCCUGCAUCAGAACCACUGCUUUGAGAUGCUGCUGAGGAAAAAGGUUGAUGUAAACAGAGGACAGAGUUCCAGUCUGAAGACGGCGCUGCUGGAUUACAUCAAGCGCUGCCUUCCUGCAGACAGCGAGAAACACAACAUGGUAGCGCUUUGUUUCAGCAUGAGGAGGGAGAUCGGAGAGAACCACGAGAUCGCCGCCAGGACGCAGCUGAAGAUGAUCGAAUCUCAGGCCUGGGUGGUGACUCCUGAGCUGAAGACUUCUCUGGUGAAAGUUCUGGCGCUGUUGAAGGACGCGGCGGAGAGUUUCUCCAAGGACUCGUGUGUGCGUCAGGCCAGUCACUGCGUCCGCAUGGCCAAGCUGGUGUCUCUGCAGCUGCACCUGCUGAACCAGAGCUCGGAGCUGCGCGUCAUCAACCUGAAACCUGCAGAGCUGCUGAACGCCGUCGUGGCGCUGCCGCGCUGCUACCAGGUGCUGGUGGUGUGCGAGGCGUACGGCUACAGUCCAGACUGGGCUGAGAUCCUGUACCAGCGCGUCGUCCUGAAGGGAGACUUCCUUUACCUGGAGGAGCUGAAGCGCCACCGCCCACUCACCUGCACCCUCUUUGAGGACAUUUUCAAAAAGCUGGACGGCCCCUCCGGAAGUGUCACGGCCAACGUGAAGCGCCUGCUCACCCACUGCGAGGACGUGUACGGCCGCUACAAGCUGGCCUACCAGCAGAACCUGUACGACGUGACCAAGACGCUCCUGCAGGACCCCCAGACCUCCAACUACCUGAACGACAGACUGUCCAGCUGACCCACGUCCUGACCCAGCCAAGAGGAGGUGCACUGAUGGUUGAUGUCUUUGUGGGGCAGCUGAAGACUCGUCAUGAUGCAUUCAGGUUUUCUCCAGUUGCUAUGGAAACCCCAGAUGUAACAGAGGUUGCCCACACAUCACAGUGGCUGCUCUGCCUUCCCGUCGGCGCCGGGCUGCUCGUCUUCCUCCCGCUGCCUCCGUCUGUUGAAGAAGCCAAUCUGACGAGACAACAGACAGCGUCAUGCUCUGGUAUCAGUCAGUUCAAUCUGAUGAGAUAAUCCACUGCAGAAAAAGAACACGCACUUUGAAAAGAAAAACAGUGAUUCUGACAUUUUAAUUUGACUUUAAUUUCUUUGCAAAAAGUCUGAAUAAUAAAGUAUUUAAUACUGAU